UGAACGCGAAACACGUCGUCGGCGCUGCCGUAAAUUCUGAGUCAUUUAGGUUUAUUAAAUAACGAGGUAAAUCAGUCUUGUUGGAACAAACUUGUAGUGACUAGUGAUCAAUAGGUAGCUCUUUGGUAAAAUCAAAUGAAUUGGAAGAAAGGUGCAGCCCAGCUGCUGUGUGGUGUCAAGAAAUCUACGGACGCGUUUGAUAACGAUGCUUAUCAUCGCACAACGAUACAUAAUCUACCCGAUGAUAUUCUACUGGAAAUCUUCUCCUACCUGAGGGUCGACUAUCGCCGAUCAGCCUCACUGGUGUGCCGCCGCUGGAACAUUCUAGCCUUCGGAUCUGGCAGCGUCCAGCUGAACGUGACCAUUCUCAACAGGAAUCGUUCCAUGGAGAAAUCGUACCGUCGAUCGCUGUCCAGAAGCAAACGAGCUUACCGACAUUUGAAGCUUGUCGACUGUCGACACGCGUUGGCAUUACAAGUUUUGAACAAAUUUUCAUCAAAUUUGAACUCGUUAACGCUAAGCUGUGAUGUCAAGCUGGAGCAUCUGGCAGAAAUUGUCCAACUCUGUUCAAAUAUCCGAUCGCUGGAUGUCAAGUUCAGCAACUUUGAGCAGAUAUCCUAGAAGUCAGUCUUGUUACGCCCGCUG